AUGGCUGCGGGUGCGCUACCCUGCUUUGAAGCUGUGGCAGCACCUUUGACAGUCGUGGACUUAACCCGACUGGCCCUGACGAACCGCCAUUUCCGCAACAAGCCCUGGCCACGCUUGGCCAUUCUUGAAGACAGCUGCCAGAUUGCUCUCCAGCAAGAUGAGCUGAGACCUUUGCUUGACCAGCUGGGGGUCAGAGUCUGGGGGCCAGCAUGCAUCCAGGCGGUUGCAGGGGUCAUCAAAUCCGAAGACGCUCCCCACAUUCUUGCUUGGGCGGAAGAAGAUGCUCAUCGUGCAACACGGAUUUUUACGGCGGUGCUGUCCAACAGGUGGCCAGAGAUAGAAGACAAGCUCUACUUCGUGACCUUCGUGUCGUCCGCUUUAGCCUCCUGGCGCCACGUGCCUCUGUCCGCAGCAUGUUGCAUACUUACGAUCGCCAGCAAGAGCCUUGAGAUCGACUGGCCCAUGCGGGGGCAAGUGGAGAAGACUCUUCGAGAUGCAGGCGUUCUCGACCUCUUACAGCAGCUGCUUAAGUUUGGCCCUGCUCCUGAACAACGGGUGGCCCUCGAAGCAGUCCAACGCGCUUGCAACCCUGGCGGUGACCCACUUAGCAUCGCACCCGCAGAUGCUAUUCCCACCUGUGCGCCUCAGAAGCGAGUGGCAUUCCGGAUCUUCUCUCAGGGAUCAGGAUGGGGAAGUGCUUCACUUGGUGCGCUACCCUGCUUUGAAGCUGUGGCAGCACCUUUGACAGUCGUGGACUUAACCCGACUGGCCCUGACGAACCGCCAUUUCCGCAACAAGCCCUGGCCACGCUUGGCCAUUCUUGAAGACAGCUGCCAGAUUGCUCUCCAGCAAGAUGAGCUGAGACCUUUGCUUGACCAGCUGGGGGUCAGAGUCUGGGGGCCAGCAUGCAUCCAGGCAGUUGCAGGGGCCAUCAAAUCCGAAGACGCUCCUCGCAUUCUUGCUUGGGCGGAAGAAGAUGCUCAUCGUGCAACGUGUGUCAUUGCGGCUGUGUUGUCCAACAGGUGGCAAGAGAUAGAAGACAAGCCCUACUUCGUGCGCUUCUUGUCGUCUGCUUUAGCCUCCUGGCGCCAUGUACCUCUGUCCGCAGCAUGUUGCAUACGUGCGAUCGCCAGAAAGAAUCUCGAGACCGACUGGCCCUUGCGGGAGCACGUGGAGAAUGCUCUUCGAGCUGCAGGCGUUGCCGAUCUUUUGGAGAGGCUUCUUAAGCUUAGCCCAGCACCUGCGCAACGGGCGGCACUCGAAACACUCCAGUACGCAUGCGACCUUGGUUGUGACCCACUCAAUGUCGCACCAACAGACGUGAUUCCGACCUUGCUUUUGAUAGCACAGUCCGGAUGCGAAGAAAACAUGCUGGAAUCCGUGAAAGCGUUGGGUUCGCUCGGGGAAUAUCCAGAACGCUUUCCGGAUGCCGGCAUACCAGUGCUGGUCGGCCUGUUGGAACACAGAUGUGACAAUAUGAAAGAAGCAGCUUCUUCUGCUCUUUGGGGCUUUAUCAUGAGUGGAGAGCAGCUUGCAAAAGCUGCUUGUGAACACGGGUGUCUCAAACCUUUGAUUACCCAGCUGCGCAACCGGAGGAUCUUGCGACAGUUUCCGUUGUUCUGCCUUGAGAGCGUACUCAGGGUUGCGAUGCAGAUUUCUGCAGCGGUUGAGCUCGGGCUCCUGCCAGUGUUGUUCCACUGCCUCCGGGAGGAGGACGACUUCAUUCACAUUGAGGUCAUCUUGGAGUUGUUGAAGACUUGCUUCACUUACGUGCCGCAGGCUUUGCUACAGGAGACGGCCGCCCAGAGAGCCGAAGUGAUCUACAAAGUUAUAGCCACAGCAAGCAGCCCUCGUGGUGACAUUCGCACAGCAGCUGCGCAGUUGCUUCAACUCCUCGACCAUGCAAGUCCGGAGACGAGUGAGCUGAUUAGAGACGCGGGCUAUCGGGAGCAUCAACUCUGA